GAACUUUGCCGUAGCCUGCGUUCAUGUUCUCAGAGCGCUUCCAGCAAUACCUUUGAGCGAUCAACCCGACAUACCAUGACUCGCUGCCCUAAAACAUUCACGAACCGUGAGUUAUUUUCUCAAACCAGGAUAUUUCGCACGGCUGAACUCCACAAUGACCAAGGACCAUCGCAUCGAGUACAACUGGGUCAAGGGUGUAGAGACACUCGAAAAAUAUCAGCCUGGGGGUUAUCAUCCCAUCAUGAUUGGAGACGUGCUAAAUGACAGAUACCACAUUGUCGACAAACUUGGUUAGGGCUCUGUCUUCUUCUUUUCUGUCAUCCUCGCCCGUGCGCCCCGGACAUGGUUUAGUACCUCUUCUCCUAGAUGAAUUCAUAGUGCAAGGUCCUAAUGGAAACCAUACGUGCUACACGGUGACCCCUGCACAAUGCAAUCUCAGAGAGAUCUCCUUUAGCCGUCUUUUCUCCCUCAGAGUUGCCCGGGCACUAUCAUAUGGGCUUACACAGGCCGUUGCUUAUACACAUUCUCAGAACUAUGUCCACGGAGAUAUUCAUCUAGGAAACGUUUUGGUCAAUCUCCCGUCGAGCUUCGAUGACUUAUCCAUAAAGCAAUUAUAUGAAAAGUAUGGUGAGCCCGAGACAGUCCCUGUCACACGAUGUGACGGGGAACCAUUACCCUCUAAUGCCCCAGCCAAGGCGGUUGUGCCGCUGUUCCUAGGGAAAUAUGCAGAGUUCUCAUUAUCCGACGCGCGCCCGCUUCUGAGUGACUUCGGUGAAGCGUUUUCACCCGCUUCAAAAGUCCGUCUUGGGAAAGACUGCCAUACGCCACCUGCAUUUCGAGCUCCAGAAGCCAAAUUCGAACCGCAGGUCCCCCUAGCAUAUCCCUCUGACAUCUGGAGCCUGGCUACGGCAAUCUGGGAGAUCGUCGGAAUGAAAGCCAUUUUUAGCACCGAUUACGUGCAUGGGGACGAAAUAGUGUCUCAACAAAUUGAUGUACUUGGACGUAUUCCUUUGGAGUGGUGGCGGCGGUGGGAAGGACGACCUCGGUUUUUCGAUGAACAGGGGUGCCCAACAGAAUCCUACAGCGGAAACAGAUGGCCUCCACUUCAGGAGUCAUUUGAGGUCUGUGUGCAGAGAUGGAGACGGAAAGUGGACCAACUGCAUUAUUAUUUCUCUAUGAUGACCGUACUUCACUGACCCGACAAGGUUCCUACAUUUAAAGAAAAGAGCACGCGGGACAGAAUGUUACUGUAGCCAUACAGACCAAGCAAAUUGAUGACCGACAAUUUCGCAGCAUGAGUAACUCUGACAGCACUGAUUCUAU